GCCGGGGGGUGACAUUGCUGGGCGCCGCCAGGAAGCGGUUUUGCCCCUGGGGCUCUGGCGAGGAGUAGCGGUGAGCUCGCAGCCCGCGCCUGCAGCGCCGUGGCAUCACCAGUACCCGUGCUGAUCUCUGGUUGUGCAGCAGCGUGCGCCGAACUUGUUGGCACGGCAAAGCGUUAAAAAAAGUGAGAAAACAAGAUCCAUCAGGGAGCUGAAACGACGUGCUGCAGAUCGGCCUAUCAUGGAGGGAACCCGGCAAACUAGGAUUUGUCGUCCACACAAGAUAAGUGAAUCCUCAAAGGUGUACAGAUGGGACGACCACUCUAGUCUUGUUCUUCAGAGUCUGAAUGAGCAGAGGCACCGAGGCCUCUUCUGUGAUAUUGUCCUUGUGGUGGAUGAGCAGAGAGUCCCUGCCCAUCGGAAUCUCCUAGCUGUUUGCAGUGACUACUUCAACUCUAUGUUCACUAUUGGCAUGCGAGAAGCCCACCAAAAAGAGGUUGAACUCUUUGGAGCCUCUUAUAUUGGUCUCAAGGCUGUGGUAGAUUUCCUGUAUGGCAGUGAGCUGUCUUUGGAUGGAGGCAAUAUUGACUAUGUGCUUGAAACAGCUCACCUGCUGCAGAUCUGGAAGGUGGUCGACUUCUGUUGUGAGUACCUUGAGAAUGAAGUCAGUGAGGAGAACUACUUGUACCUACAAGAGUUAGCCUCUAUUUACAACCUGAAGCGCCUUGACUCCUACAUUGAUUCUUUCAUCUUGCAGAACUUUGGCACGCUGUCUUUCACCCCAGACUUCUUGCAAAAUGUUUCCAUGCAGAAGUUGUGCCAGUACCUGGACAGCAGCAAUGUGCAGCAGGAGUGUGAGCAUGACUUACUGCAGGCUGCCUUGCAGUGGCUUACCCAGUACCCGGAAAGGGAGAAUGAGGCUUACCAGGUUCUGGAUAACAUUCACUUUCCUUUGAUACCUAAAAGUGAUCUUCUCCAUCGAGUCAAGCCUGCUGUUUGCUCUCUUCUUCCCAAAGAAGCAAACUGUGAGGGUUUUAUAGAGGAAGCAGUGAACUAUCAUAAUAAUGUCACUGCUCAGCCGGUGCUGCAGAACAAACGGACUGCUCUGAGAACUAGCGAGGAAAGGCUCCUCUUUGUGGGUGGGGAGGUUUCCGAACGGUGCUUGGAACUGAGUGAUGAUACCUGCUUCUUGGACAUCAGAAAGGGGCAAUGGGUAGCAGAAACCCCUCUCCCAGCCAGACGAAGUCACCACUGUGUUGCAGUCCUGGGAGGCUUCAUCUUCAUAGCCGGAGGCAGCUUUUCAAGAGACAAUGGAGGGGAUGCAGCUUCAAAUCUCUUAUAUAGGUAUGAUCCCCGCUGUAACCAGUGGAUAAAGGUUGCCUCCAUGAGACAACGUCGCGUAGAUUUCUACCUGGGAGCUAUUACCGACAUGCUGGUAGCUGUUGGUGGCAGGAAUGAAAAUGGGGCGCUUUCUUCAGUUGAGACCUAUAGUCCUCAAAAAGAUACGUGGUCCUAUAUAGCAGGCUUGCCAAGGUUUACUUAUGGCCAUGCUGGAACAGUCUACAAGGAAUUUGUGUACAUUUCAGGAGGCCAUGAUUACCAAAUUGGCCCAUAUAGAAAAAAUCUGCUCUGCUAUGAUUAUCGCACGGAUGUUUGGGAGGAGAAAAGGCCAAUGAUCACUGCCAGGGGGUGGCACAGUAUGUGCACCUUACAGGACCAUAUCUAUUCCAUUGGAGGCAGCGAUGACAACAUAGAAACCAUGGCCCGUUUUGACAUUCUGAGUGUGGAGUCAUACAGCCCUCAGUGUAACCAGUGGACCAGAGUUGCUCCUUUGCUGCAAGCAAACAGUGAGUCAGGGGUGGCCGUUUGGGAAGGCAAGAUUUAUAUUCUUGGAGGCUACAGCUGGGAAGAAACAGUCUUUUCCAAAACAGUCCAAGUUUAUGAUAAGGAGAAAAAUAAGUGGUACAAAGGAACAGACUUACCCAAAGCAAUUGCUGGUGUGUCUGCAUGUGUCUGUGCAUUGAAACCGAAAACAGAUGACAAAAAGAAAAAGACAAAAACAAAAAAACAUCAAGAUCGAGGAAGAUGACUACUUCUGGAUAACCAGCCUUUGAGGAUGGACUCCAAAGGAACUUCGUAUUUAAUCGUUUCUUUCUAACCUUGAUUCUUUCCUUUCCUUUUCUUUUAAAAUGGAAACAAAAGAAAGUGUCUUCUGAGACCUCAGAAAAUGUACAGUUGAAUGUGUUUUUUGGAUUGAGCUAAUGUUUAAGGUUAAAAACAACAAAAACAUAAAUUCCAAAACCCCCUACCCCCUACCACUGUAUAAGGAGUGAGGUGGCAAGAGAGGUUAUGCCACUUUUCUGAAUGUUACGGUGUAGUCUUUUACUUCUGUGGUUCAUGGCAUUUCUACGCACAUCUUAUUCUAUUGACAUUUUAAAAUAAAGUUGAAUUUUUGGCUGAGGUCAUAACGUAGACAGGCAGAGUACAGAGUGUCCAGUUUAAAGUUACAGAGCAGUUCAGAGGAAUUCAGAAGCAUUUGCUAAGGAAAAAAAUGAAAUGGAACUUGGACAGUGUUGUAAAUCUUGAAAUUUUUGUUCCAUUAAAUUUCAUUUACAGUAUGUUUUUGAGUUGUUAGUAUCAGAUUUCUGGAACACACGAGUGUUCAAAGAGACUUGCUUUUGGUGAAUGCAGAUCAGAUCAGCUUGUUGAGCAAGUAACUCCCCUGUACUCUUAAGAUUCAGAAGAUGUUACUAUGUGGCUAAACAAAUAGGAGUGACAUGGGCUUGGAGCGGUAGCAUUGUAAACUUAGAAAUCUGGGAAAGAUGACAUGAUUUUUGCAUCCCUUGGUGGCAGGAACUUUGCAGCAUUUUUCAUAACAUAAGAGCAAGCUUUGCUUAGACUUCAAAAUCUGCCCCAGACUCAGGGGGAAAAAAAACACUGAAGAACUUGGAGAUUUGAGGAUUUGGUUGGAAACUGUAUAGUUUGCCUGGAGCUUCAAAGCAGAUGGAACUGAUACAGUUCAUUGAGAGGUGGCUGAGUAGGUAACGGGGGAACAAAUGGCAGGAAGAGCCUCUAGGUGAACCUGGAGCAAGAGUAUGUCCUUCUCAGCCCCUUCAGGCAGUAGAAGCUAGGAUCUGCUUCAUUCACCUUGGGGCUCACAGUGGUCAUCAUUAGUAUCCAGUGGGGGGGAUGUACUGGGCACAUCUGCUAUCAAGAAGCUGAUUAACCCAGGAUGAUAAAUUGGGAUUCAGUAAUGCUGAAGAAAAGCAACUUGGAUUUUUACCUGAGCUAAUAGGCUAUCUUCCCCCCCAACACACCUUGAAAUUCAAAAUGUCUUUUCAUGAAACUAACCUUUUCUGAUAAGCCCUGAGUUGCAGUCCCCACCAAGCCUAUCAGAAAUGCAACAGAACACCGUCCCCAGCAAGAAGGUUUAAAAUGGAGAAAACGAAACUAUUCUCAGGGCUGUGUUUGGGAGCCAGACAGAGGGACUGCGAAUUGCAUGUUAGCCUGUGUCAUGCUGUUCUCUGCAUACCAAGUAAAGCGAUUUCAGACCCAAGUGUUAGUCCAUCCUCGACAAACACAGCUGAUUCUGCUGCAGAUAUUAAAAUUCCUCGACUGUCUGGCCAGCCUUUGGUCGUUCACCCUGGGGCAUUUUACAAAUGCACCUCUGAUCUGGAAGAGGUUGAUCACCAGCAAUCUGAUACAACUGCUUUAGUUAUUGUAAUAAUGCCAGGCCACAGACUAGUAUUCCUCCUUUCCAAAAGAAGAACUUUUUAGAAAGUUUGUAAAAACUUUUAUACUCUUUUAUAGCACAUUUUGCUAACUCAGUCUCUCGUUUGCCAUAUAUUACAUUAUUUACUAUGGAAGCUACUGCUCUGUAAUUGUGGCCCUAUUGUUGCUGUCAGGAACUCAUAACUGGAUGGAUCUUUUAGUCUUUGCAUAGUUGGUUGGGAUGUGAUGCAGCUGUUAAAGCAGCAUUUACAUUCUCAGCAUUGUUAGGCAGUCAGCUAUAAUUGUGACUAUUGUACAGCCUCUUUGCUGAUAGUCCAGCUUGUCAGACAUGCUAAUAAACAUUCUUUAUUUUCAGCUAUUGGUGAUCUGCUGAGUGGAUUUCAAGAGCUUUGGUUUAAAGUUCUGCUGGGGAGCUACUGCUUCUUUCCCCUCCACCCCCCUCAGUCCUCCUUUCAUAUCUCCCUUGUCAUACACCAUAACCUUGUAUUUCAGACUUGCCUUUUUUUUCCAUCUAGUGUACGUACAGUUGAUAUCCUGCUACCCCCUUUUUUUUUGUAACUCUUUACCUCAUUAAUUGGAAAACGCUAAGAAAACAUCUUUUGCACUUAAAAAUGUCAUUAGAAGCUCUUGUAAUUUAGAGAACUCCUAGACAUAUUACAAGAACUUGUGUUGAAAGAAGUACCUCUCAAUAAAUUCCUGGGGUGCAAGAAAGUUACAGGACUCUUUCCCAGUGCUAAGAAAGGAUUUGAGAAAACUAGUUAUGAGAUGAAUUUUGUAAAACUCCUUGAUUUUUUUUUUGAUGUUUUAAAAAAAUGCCUAAGGCAUUAGUCUUUCACUUGCAUUAAUGAAUUUGUUUUAAAGACUUUGUACAUUGCAUGAGGUAAUGGUUAUUCUUUUUUUAUCCUAAAAAUAAAUACAUUUUGGUUAUGACAAACUCACUAAUGAGUUCUUUUAUAUAUAUAUAUAUAUAUAUAUAUAUCUGAAAUCCUUGCUAUGUUGACUGACAACUCCCACUUAACUUUUGGGGAAGUUUUCAUGUGUAAGUAUAGAACAAAGAUUUCAAAGACGUGCUUUGUUUCUGUUAAUUGGUUGCUUGUUACUAUAUUUCCCCCCUUAAUUAAAUGUGCUUAUGUAUUACAUUGAUGUCUGAAAAAAUAAAUCCAAUUUAGAAUAUUGUAUUCA